CGCUUUUCUUGUGUUGCAACGCGGCGUGAGGGAAGAAGAAGUCAGUUUCAUAACAAAACGUCACAUCCUGUGACCGCUGCUAAAGGAAAUCCUUUGCAGAAAUGUUGCGAUUAGCUGCAACAUCUCUGUGUCUGCGGUGUCGGCGUGUCCCGAGUUUAGGCCUCAGAACCCGCCCGUGUGCCUCGCUCAGCCAAUCAGAGAACCAGGAGACUGUAGCCGCGCUCUAUGAUCUGUCCGUGGACAUCCAGAAGGUCCGGAAGCUGAAGGGAUGGGUGCUUUAUCGGAGCCCGGCUUAUGCUAAGGAGGUCGCUGGGCUGCUGAAGGACAUGGGGGCAUCAGCGGCGGUUGUGGCCAGAAUCUUGGCCACUCACCCUGAGGCCGUUCUGCAUGACCCGGAGCAGGUGAGGAGUCAAAAGGAGGUGUGGAUGUCUGUGUGUCCCAGCCAGAAGGAGCUGGUUGGGAUCAUCGAGAAGUUCCCCGCCUCCUUCUUCACCUCCGCCUCCCACUGGGACAACCAGCGGAGUAACAUUGCCUUCUUCCAGCAUCUCAACCUCAACAAGCGCGUCAUCACCAAGCUCAUGGCCGGCGCGCCUCAGAGCUUCAGCCGGCCGGUGGAGCAGAACCAGGAGGUGGUCUGCACCCUCCAGCAGACCUACCUGGAGCUCGGGGGGGAGGAGGCCAACAUGAAAGUCUGGCUUCAGAAGCUGCUGAGUCAGAACCCGUUUGUUCUCCUCAAGCCACCAGAGGUUCUGAAGCAGAACCUGAUGUUCCUGAGGGGGCGGGGCUUCAGCACAGCCCAGCUCUUGCGCCUCCUCUCCAAACUGAGAGGCUUCGUCAGCGAGCUGAACCCCGACAGCAUGCGCCGCAGCCUGGCCUUCUCGCAGGACGCCAUCGGCUGCACCGAGGCAGAGCUGCGGGACAUCGUCCUCAAGUGUCCGGCGCUGCUCUACUACCCAGAAUCCACUCUGGCUGAGCGCUUCGGAGCCCUGCUGGGCGCCGGGAUCAGCGUGCCUCAGAUCACAGACUCUCCCACCGUCCUGGAGCUGACGCCGCAGAUCGUGAACUAUCGCCUCCGUCAGCUGGAGGCCCGCGGUUAUGACAUCAGGAGCGGCGGUCUGGAUGUGCUCAACGGAACCAAGAAGGACUUUGAAAAGAGUUUUGGGAAACUGCAGCUCCGUGGAGAACGGCCGCUCUUUAACCCGGUGGCUCCUUUGAGAGGAGACGACUGAGGUGGCGGACGCUGCUGCUCAGGAUCGUCAUGAAGGCGCUUCUGUGUUGUGACUGGAUGAGGCAAAUACUGCAAAUACUCUGAUAUUAUCUGUGGUUUUCUCUGUUCUGUUGCCUUAACGUCUAAACUGAAAAAUCUGGAAAUGAUGGAAAGUCUUGAAGCUUUUGUUUAAUCUGAAUUUCAUCUCAGAUGAAACUUUUGUGCCAAAAAUCAUCAUUUUUAAAUCAACAACCAGCAAAAAAA